GUCAAAAUAGGUUAUAAUGCUACCAAAUAGGAAAGAAUGUAGCAUAAUAUCUACCCUCUCGUUUUUCUUGAUGUAUUAGUGGAUUUUCCCUCUCUUUUUUCCGCUGUCAGACAGCAAAAUUUUUAAUUCCUUGUUUAUACCGCGAGGCUACGUACCUACGUAGUAACGUUGCUUUACGUUCGUGUUUUUUGAGAAGAAAAACGCUGGAAUCUGUUCAUUAGCGUAAAAUCAAACGAGAAAAUGUUUGGUGGCAGUGUGCCCGUAGUGAUUCAAUCCAGGUGAAACACGCGCCGUGUAAGGAGAGUGUAAAACGUGGUGUGCCGAGCACGAGCUUGCGGUUGCCGUAGUUUGUUAUCAAACAGCACUGGUCGAGGCCGCGACCGCGAGACCAUGGCGGAGGCGGCGCCUGGCAAUAUUGUGAAGGAGGGCUGGCUGCAGAAGCGGGGCGAACAUAUCCGCAACUGGCGUGACCGCUACUUCAUACUGUUUGACAAUGGUGAUCUAGUGGGAUUCAAGACGCAGCCAGAACGUAAUAACUACCGCGAUCCUCUGAACAAGUUCACGGUACGGGACUGCCAGAUAAUGGCCGUGGACAAGCCGCGCCCCUACACCUUCACCAUCCGCGGCUUGCAGUGGACUACCGUCAUCGAGCGCAACUUCUCAGUGGAUACAGAGAAAGAGCGCGAGGAGUGGGUGGCGGCCAUCCGCUACGUGUCGGGGCAGCUGAGCGCGGGCGGGCCGAGCGCGGCGGCCGGCGCGGCGCCCGACGGCGACGACCGCGACAUGGCGCAGCUCGGCACCAGCUUCCGCGACCCGCGCCGCAUUACGCUUGAGAAAUUCGAAUUCGUCAAGGUGCUAGGCAAGGGCACCUUCGGUAAGGUGGUGCUGAGUCGCGAGAAGGGCACGGGCAAGUUGUACGCCAUGAAGAUCCUGAAGAAGAACCUCAUCAUCCAGAAAGAUGAAGUGGCGCAUACCAUCACCGAGAACCGCGUGCUCAAGAAGACUAAGCACCCUUUUCUCACGGCCCUGCGCUACUCGUUCCAGACGGCGGACCGCGUGUGCUUCGUGAUGGAGUACGCCAACGGCGGCGAGCUGUUCUUCCACCUGUCGCGCGAGCGAUCCUUCUCCGAGGACCGCACGCGCUUCUACGGCGCAGAGAUAGUCUCCGCGCUCGGGUACCUGCACGCAGAGGGCAUCAUCUACCGCGACCUCAAGCUCGAGAACUUGUUGCUGGACAAGGACGGACACAUCAAGAUCGCAGAUUUCGGCCUCUGCAAGGUGAACAUAACGUACGGGCGGACCACGAAGACCUUCUGCGGCACGCCUGAGUACCUGGCCCCCGAGGUGCUGGAGGACACGGACUACGGGCCCGCCGUGGACUGGUGGGGUACGGGCGUGGUGAUGUACGAGAUGGCGUGCGGCCGCCUUCCGUUCUACAACCGCGACCACGACGUGCUGUUCUCACUCAUCCUCAGCGAGGAGGUUCGGUUCCCGCGCGCGCUGUCGGCGGCAUGCCGCGCGCUGCUGGCGGGGCUGCUGACGAAGGAGCCUGCCAGCCGGCUGGGCGCGGGGCCCGACGACGCGCACGAGAUCAUGAACCACCCGUUCUUCGCGUCCGUCAACUGGGCCGACCUGGUCGCCAAGAAGAUCCCGCCGCCCUUCAAGCCGCAGGUGGAGUCGGAGACCGACACGCGCUACUUCGACUCCGAGUUCACGGGCGAGUCCGUCGAGCUCACGCCGCCCGAGAACGACUCCAGUCUGGCGCGCAUACAGGAGGAGCAGUUCCCGCAGUUCUCCUACCAGGACAUUUGUUCGUCGGCGCACUCUGCGCUGUCGCAUCACUCGGCGCUGGCGGACAAGCGCCAGUAGCCGGCGCGGGCCGUCCCUGCAGUCUGCAGCCUUCCAGGUCGUGCUCUUUGUGGAUGCAGUUUCAAAUAGUCGUUUUUAUUUGUUUGUUUGAGAUAAAAGGAUUCCUUUAUAUGACCGCGCUGAGAUCUGCUAUUGUAAGGCUACUCUCCUCGGUAUUACGAUAUUGGAAGUAUGUGUGAACAACAUUACUCUUACGUUUCAUAUUGUUAUUAUUUUGGGAUUUUGAUGAUAACUGAGUUUGCACCACAACCGUCUCCCGAUGGUUCAGCUGAUCCCGAACUGAAAUACAAUCUUGUCACGCCACCGUUGUAUGGAUCGCGCCGCUCGGUCGUCAUAUUUGUAUCUAAAAAUGGAAUUUUAUCUAACUCUCGUGUUACUUAAAAAAUCCCCAUCUAAAUAACCAAACUUAAAAUAAGUAUUUUUAAACAUAUUUGUAAUUGUUUUAUGAUGGGAAUAUGCAUAUACGUCUGUCAAUAAGAAAAUUUUCAUUAUCUCACGAAUUUAAAAAUAUUGUAGUAGCAAUGAAUAAACAACGUUCAAUUUAAUAUAAAUAGUUCGCUUAGAGCAACUCUAUAAACGAGCGCAACCUGCUCGGCGCGCCGAGUCCCGCCGUAGUGUACCGACCAUACAUACACCUCAACUAGAGCACGGACGUUAUCAUACUUACGAACUACACGUGCAUACUACUGCCUGCUGGUGCUUCAAGAUGACUGCCUUUGCUAAUGAAACCAAAAAAAGAAGAAAAUCGUUUAUUUACACCGAGUACCAGUAAUACAGAUAUACAUAUUUGCAAUGCACAAACACUUCAGUCCAUGCCUUUGAUUUUCAGGCCUACCCAGCGUAUUACUACAUAAUAUAAAACAAAGUCGCUUUUUCUGUCCCCAUACAGGGAUAUGUAGGCUAUGUAACCUUAAAUCUUUAAACCACGGAUUUUUAUGGAUGUUUAAUGACAUCUAAUAAAUAGUGCAAAAAUUAAUAUCGGCAUUGCAGUCUUCCUAUGGCGUUGCAGGUAUUAUAGUCAACAUUGAUUGUAAAACGUAUUUAAUGCACUUUUCAACCACUAUCUUCAUAAUCAAGACGAAAUUACCUAAAAAUCAGAAAAUGUGAUUAAAACUUAAAAAAAAUAAUGUAUAUAUCCAAACUUUAAAAAAUUGUAUUUGAACUUUAUGCAUAUUCCCUAUAGCUGUAUAACAGAGGUGAUUCUCAUAUGUAUUAUAUAAAUAUUGUAUCACUAAACUUUACUGUCACAUUGAAAUUAUGCAAUUUCAGCUGCACCACGCUCGGCCUCGAUAUUCAUUGACAAAUAUACUUUAUUUGCAUCUUCCUUGGUUUAACUAGAGUUGCUUAAAACAACACACUCUUUUUAAUGAGUUUUUGUUUCAUAGGUAACAACGGCUUGGAAUUGUCCCAUACCGAGAGCAGGGCGUGGUGUAGCUCACACAGAAAUAUAUCUGGAACCAGUUCAGUAGCCAGAUGUGUACAAACUGCGUAUUCGGCAGAAGCUGUGUACCGUAACCUGCUAAUCACUAUAACCAUAUCUGCAUUUGUUGCCUCUUGUAAUUUCAUAGUCAUGACUUCAUCCCUAGCUGUAGUUGUACCAGCUCGGAGCUUGUUAUUCAGGAUUUAUAAAUAAAACAUAAGACUACAGUAUUAAUAUUGUAUUCUGUGAAAACAAUACAAAUAGCUGGAAAAUUGGAACUGUCAUUGGUUUCUUGACAAAUAAUUAGCUAGAGACAGACAAGAGCAAGAGACGUCCGCGCCGUGAGCCGGCCUGGCUCGGGGCAGUCUCGCCGCACCGGGGGCACACUUAUAUUUCCUUUUGUAUAUAUUAUUAAAGUUAGGAUUAAAGCGAUG